AUGUCCACACCCUCAGUCUAUGGUGUUGAAAUCAAAGAGAAACCGUGCCGGAAACUCAACUACACCCCUAAUACAAGACCCAACCACCCACAGCUCAACUACACCCCUAAUACAAGACCCAACCACCCACAGCCCAACCAUACCCCUAAUACAAGACCCAACCACCCACAGCCCAACCAUACCCCUAAUACAAGACCCAACCACCCACAGCUCAACUACACCCCUAAUACAAGACCCAACCACCCACAGCUCAACUACACCCCUAAUACAAGACCCAACCACCCACAGCUCAACUACACCCCUAAUACAAGACCCAACCACCCACAGCUCAACUACACCCCUAAUACAAGACCCAACCACCCACAGCUCAACUACACCCCUAAUACAAGACCCAACCACCCACAGCUCAACUACACCCCUAAUACAAGACCCAACCACCCACAGCUCAACUACACCCCUAAUACAAGACCCAACCACCCACAGCUCAACUACACCCCUAAUACAAGACCCAACCACCCACAGCUCAACUACAACCCUAAUACAAGACCCAACCACCCACAGCUCAACUACACCCCUAAUACAAGACCCAACCACCCAUAG